UACGAGCCUAUCUAGACCAAGCCGAUCCGUCAUCAUGUGUAUCGCUCUUGACGGGGAGCGGAGAAAGAAACGCGUGAGUGAGUGGCCAUGCAACACGAAACUCAGUUUAGUGUCUGCAUUGCCAAGAACCAACCGGCACAGAGAAGUUCAAACCCGAGCGAGCAUCGCAGUUGAAGUCUCUCCUCGAAACCCCGAACCACGAACUUCGAAACUCGAUCACUGAAUACGAUUGGCCUCCCGUACGAAACAAACAAACAAACGGAGGGACUCUUUUCGAAAGGUUGACGUGCGGCCCCAGGAAAUCCGGCGGCGGGGGAAUUCUUCCACAUGUUACUACACCGCAGCACAAUCGCCUUGCAGCGGUUGGCCACAUCCCCGCCCACUAUUGCAAGAUCGCGGAUAUGCCGCGAAUGUCUCAACACUCUCUCGCGGACAACCACGCCGCCAUCACCACCACCGCCACCACCAUCGAGCAAGCGGUGUUUCUCGAGUACAUUUUUUGCCGCGAAUGGUGUCGCGCUGGGACCUGCGGUGGCAACCGGCGGGACAUGGCGGAGGCCGCAGCACUAUUUCCUGGCGAAUAGCUUCUUGGUAAAGCGGGGGAGAAGCUCGGCGGUCGAUGUGGUGGGGGUCACGGGGGAAGAUGGCAUGGUUCCUCCGCAUCGCCGGAGACGGAAAGCGAAGGCGGCGGCAGCAGCGACGGGGGACAAUGCAGUUAUACCACCAGAUGCGUCGUCGCUACUCUCAUCGUCGUCGGAAGCGUCUACCUCGGCGUUGCGUAGGGACGCUCUGGCAUACCUUUCGCUCACGAAGCCGCGGUUGACGGCGCUGAUCGUGCUCACGACCAUGGCUUCGUACGCACUAUUCCCCGUCGACCCGCUGCUGUCGUCGCCGGCGGCGCCCACCCUCUCGGCACUCACGCUGCUGUACCUCACCGCCGGAACGGCUCUCGCCUCGUCCUCGGCCAAUGCCCUCAACAUGGCCUACGAACCCAAGUUCGACGCGCAGAUGUCACGCACCAAGAACCGACCCCUCGUCCGCGGCCUCCUCAGCACUCGACAAGCAGUGACAUUCGCGGGAAUCACCGGUACCAUCGGCGUUGCAGCUCUACACAUGGGCGUGAACCCCACCGUCGCCGCCCUCGGCGCGCUCAACAUCAUCCUCUACGCAGGAGUAUACACGCCGAUGAAGCGGCUCUCCGUCGCCAAUACGUGGGUGGGCGCGUUGGUCGGCGGCAUCCCACCAUUGAUGGGCUGGGCGGCGGCCUCCGGUGCCACGGCACUCGAUGGCACGUUCGUGGAGCUGCUCGGCCACCCGGGCGGCUGGCUCCUCGCCUCCCUCCUCUUCGCCUGGCAGUUCCCGCACUUCAACUCGCUCUCGUGGACGAUCCGCGAGGAGUACCGGUCCGCCGGGUAUCAGAUGGCGGCGUGGAAGUACCCCGCGAUGAAUGCGCGCGUUGCGCUGCGGUACUCGCUGCUGUUCUUUCCCAUCUGCUUUGGAUUGUGGUGGGUCGGCGUCACGGAUGUUGGGUUCCUCGUUGACUCGAGCGUCGUCAACGCAUGGCUCGUCAGGGAGGCCUGGAGGUUCUAUAGGAAGGGGGGUGAGGGGGGCCGUGCGAGGAGGUUGUUUUGGGCUAGUGUUUGGCAUCUGCCGUUGGUCCUGGUGUUCGCCAUGGCGCAUAAGGCACGGCUGUGGCAGGGUGUGUGGGAUAAGGUCAUGGGAAAUGGACAGGAGGAGGAUGAGGAGCUGUGGGAGGAAGAUGAGGGGGAGAAGGAGUUGGUGACUGAGGAGACGGCGAAGGAGGCGUUGGUCGCAAAGGUGUAAACAGAUAUGGCGGAUGGGUUCAUUCCGGUCGACUACUACUUUACAUUCCAUGUCUUGUUUUCGCUCAUCCGUUCUCUGGAGCAUUUAUCCCCCAUGUCUGGUUCUCCUUCAUCCGUUCUCUGUAACAUUUAUCCCCUCAUUCUUUCUUCCCCUUUACUUUCACCUUCACCUUUGACCUCUUAUUUGUGUAGAUAUGUUUUGUUUAUUCCACUGUAGAGUAUAGUACCGUACAAUAGGGAUGUAGAGUAUUUAUACCAUCCAGACCACCCGUCUAGACUCCGCGUACAGAAGCGCGUGUCGCUGUCACUGUUUGGCGGGGUGCAUCCAUGAUCCCGCCCACGGGAGUCGGGACACGAAUGUCUCAAGACAAGAACAAGAAAGCUGGCUGAUCCCUUCCCUUGUGGCUUUUUCACAGCCCUUCUGCUUCUGCGCAGUGCGAACCCGUCCACUUGUCAUGUACU